AUGCGCGUCUCACCUCUCCUCUUCCUCCCCCUCGGUCUCGUCGCCGCAGACGACUGGAUCCAAUCCGUCGCAAACGGGUUAGACGACGCCAUCUCCGACAUAACCAGCGCCUACAACGCCGGCGCCUCCAUCGGAGCCAGCAUUUACUCCGAAGCAGCCGCAGCCGCUGGAAGCGCAUACUCAGAAGCAACAUCCGAAGCCGGAAACCUCGGGACGAAAACCACAUCCUCCGGAGGCUCGGUAUACACCGUGGCUACAAAUACGUAAGUCGACCCAUCCAUCAUCCAAAGGGAAGAAGUUCUAUGCUAAUGAUGAGGUGAUGUAGGUCUGGCAGUGUGGUCUCGACGAUUACUUCGAGUACUGGGAACUUGGGGAACAAAGUCACGUCUGUGGGCAGUAGUGUCUUUACUAUUGCUACGAAUAGUGCCGGGUCUGUCGUUAGUACGAUUUCCACUACUACUACUACUACUACCACUACGACUGGGACUUCGGCGGCUGGUGCUGUGCAGACAAAAGCUCCGUUGGCGAUUGCUGGAGGACUUCUGGGAGCGGGAAUGGCUAUGGUGGCAUUGCUGUAAGGAAGACACGGGAAUGACUAGAGCGCUCGCGUUCAGCAUGCGGUUAUGAUCACGACAUGGAUGAAUCUCAAUGAGGAAAGUUUGAACGGCCUUGUAUUCUUCGCUUCAUGUUUGCUUUCGUUGUACUCUCCCAUCCAAAGCUCACAACAGCUCUUUCCACUAGGCGGUGAUUCGGAUGAGCCAGCCAGCGGGCUUGCGCGAUACAAUACACAGAAUACUACCGCAAAAUGUAGUGCCAGUUCCAAGGCUCCAAAAUCUUGCAGUGUUCCCCCGUCGUCACUUUAUAAGUUUCUUCGCUAUCCCAGGUUCAACUUUCAGCCCAAAGUGGCAGAUGCGUAAGCGUUCCCCGAACCACGGCCCUGGAUGAUCUAGUUGACCAGUUUCCAGCGCAGGCGACGACGUAGGCGCCGUAACAUCUGCGGGAGGAAGUGCCUUUGCCGUCUUGAGGAACGAAGCUAGUUCCGUAUACAUGACCAUAACCGUGGGACCUCAGGAGGCAGCGGCGGUACAGACGCAGGAUACCUUGGCAGUUGCGAGAAGUGUGAUGGGCGCUGAGAUGGCCGUUGUGGCGAUGCUGUAA